CGCAAUACUCCUCUUCACAUAGCCUGUAUCAACGGCCACGAAGAUGUUGUAGAGGCUCUUCUUGAGCCAUUAACAUCUUGGGACUUAACGGAGCAAUCUGAGGCUCUUAAUAUCAACCUUACUUACAACAAGUUGCCAGUCUCAGGAGUGAGUGGCUUUGCUUAUUCAGCAUCAGUUCUUGCGAUCGACCGGCUUCGGAGCGCUGUUACCACUGUAAACUCUACUGGUCUAACUCCGCUGCAUCUAGCAGCGGCAUCCAUGCGGGGUGCCGCUUGCCUCGCCCGCAUUCUAUUUAUACUGUCGGCUAGUGCCGAACUUGUCGAGACAGACCUCGAACCCGGCACUAUAGACUCGUCUUCACCCUGCACACAAGCAUUAGCUAUUCGAGGAGGCAGAGAAGGCAGCACACCUUUACAUAUGGCGGCUAUGUAUGGCAGGUUUGAUCGAGUUCAAAACCUGCUGGCCCACGGAGCCGAUCCAUUAGCACGUGACUCCCGCGGCAACACACCGCUGCAUGUAGCAGCCAGCUGUGGCCAUGGCCUUUUUGUAGACUCCAUGCUACGUGCUGGCGUGCCCUGGAAUUGCCCAGGUGAGAUGGGGUCCAGUGCUUUACACCUUGCUGCAAUGGCUGGCUACUCUUGCUGCCUACUUCGCUAUCCAGCUCCGGUUACUGCCUCUGCGCGUUGA